CUUUGUAAGUCAGAUCUGCUCUGAUCUAGUUGCUGUGGCCUUCAAUUUCUGGUUGACUAACUUGGAGGAAUUUCCUCACUAUCCCUUCUUUUGAAUAGUACCGUAUUUUAGCCUGCCUGGAGGGCAAGGGUCACCCGCGGCUACAUCACAGUCGCAGCUAGCUAAGGCAGCCCUUAGAUAAGCAGCCAGCUAAACAAACUCCGCAGUAGGUCUCGAUAGGCAAAUUCAUAAGCCCCUAUCUUGAAGCUCGAGCCUGACCCACCGAGCUAGGUCAAGUCUACCCAGCCCCCAGUUGUCAGUGUUCCCCCUCCGGUGCCCCGGUGGAAAGGGCAGCCUUAGGCAGCGCUGGGCAAGUUCGGACCCCCUCCGCCAACCUCGCGGCGACUCGGUGCCCGAACCGCCGCCUUUAGCUGGAUCGCAGCCACACCGGGAAGAGUUCAGCCCCAGGACCGACGGGGCCCGGUCUCCAUCGGCGGCGGCCUUCAGAGGAGCUCGCUCGGGCAACUUGGUCACCCGGUCCCCUGGUCGCGAAGAUGUCGGCCUCCAACGUCAGCUUACUGCACGAGACCUCCAGGCAGGUCGCGGCCGGAGGGUCUGCAGGUCUUGUAGAAAUUUGCCUGAUGCAUCCUCUCGAUGUGGUGAAAACCAGGUUCCAGGUGCAGAGAAGUGUAACAGACCCACAAAGUUAUAGAACUGUAAGAGGCAGCUUCCAGAUGAUCUUCCGAACAGAGGGGUUGUUUGGCUUUUACAAGGGAAUUAUCCCACCAAUUUUAGCUGAAACACCAAAAAGAGCAGUCAAGUUUUCUACCUUUGAGCUGUACAAGAAAUUUCUGGGAUAUAUGUCACUAUCACCAGGGCUGACAUUUCUCAUCGCUGGCUUAGGAUCGGGACUAACAGAAGCUGUCGUGGUUAACCCUUUCGAGGUGGUAAAAGUUGGCUUGCAAGUCAAUCGGAACUUGUUCAAAGAGCAACCAUCUACUUUUGCUUAUGCAAGACAAAUCAUUAAGAAGGAAGGCUUGGGGUUCCAGGGCCUCAACAAAGGAUUGACAGCAACUCUGGGACGUCACGGAAUUUUCAACAUGGUUUAUUUUGGCUUCUACCACAACGUCAAAAAUAUUAUUCCAUCCAGUAAGGAUCCAACCUUGGAGUUUUUGAGAAAAUUUGGGAUUGGUUUUGUCUCAGGGACAAUGGGCUCAGUGUUUAACAUCCCCUUUGAUGUUGCAAAGAGUCGGAUCCAAGGGCCCCAGCCAGUUCCUGGAGAGAUCAAGUACCGAAGCUGCUUCAAAACAAUGGAGAUGAUCUACCGGGAAGAAGGGAUUUUAGCCUUAUACAAAGGCCUGGUCCCUAAGGUGAUGAGACUUGGACCAGGUGGUGGGGUGAUGUUGCUGGUGUAUGAAUACACCUAUGCAUGGCUGCAGGAAAACUGGUGAUGGACUGAGAAGCGAUUUCCUCUUGACAAAACAGCUCUGCAUCCCCAGGAAAAGAAGAUAAGCUAGACACACCCGUUAAGAGGGGAAGACAACGUGCUCAGGAACAAAGCCUGUUCCAGUGUUUUAUAAAUUUUUAGAUAAAUUGACAUGGUAGUUUGGGCCAUAUACAUAACACAAGUCAAAAUUUAAAUAUAUUUUAUAAGGAAUUACUUUUCCAUACGUUAUAUUUUAAAAGAGAAGUAAGAAAAAUGUAAAUACACCAAAACAGCCUUUUAAGAAUGUUUAAUUUUGUGAGCGCUGAGUUAAAAUGUGAAUCUAUUGGUUUUCUUUAGUAAUUAAUACACCCUCAGGCUCUAUUUCCCUAAAUGUAUUUUAUACUUCACAUGGUGACUUAAGUGAGUAUUUUAAAAUCAUGCUAUUUGAAAAUUUUUAUUAAAGGUAGAAUACAUAUUAUAUUAAACUUCUUUAACAUAGUUCAUUUUGAAAACAAGAUUUGUUACUAAAAUAUUUUUUUUGGGGGGGGGAUGCUUCUCUGUUGCCUGAAUAUGCCUCCAAACACCCAUCCUUAAAAAGGAUGUAGGGAAAUAAAACUAUCUCCAGAUUCCUAGGUUUAAGUCACAUGUUGACAUAUAAGGCUAUUUAGAAUAUUAACAUGUCUACACUAAGUGGCAAACGUUUCAAAAGUGAAAACACAUUCUUUAGCAUUUCCAAGCACUCUUGCACUAAUAUGCACUCUAGAAAAAGAAAAGAAAAGAUAGUUUUUUUUGGUCUUGAUAUACCCAAAGCUUAUUCUUAUGUAUGCACUAUAUAAUGAUGCUUCUCCAGUAGCUAUGGUCACACACACACACACACACACACACACACACACACACACACACACACAAAUCACAACAUGCUUUAAAUAACGCCUGUUCUUAACUACUCCUGUGGGGUAUUUCUGCUAGAGGCAAUCUCACCACCAAAACAUUUUGAAAAUAAACAGUAAAGAUUACAUGGUAAUUAUUUGUAUUUAUUAACUUAGAGCAUCUGAAGUAUAAAAAUAAAAGGCUUUUGACAUACGCUAUAUACAUACAGAGCCUUCUGCUGUACAUCUUUCCCAACAUGAUUUUUUUUCUUUUUCAUUUGUAUUUCAGCCCAAUAUUCAAUAUAUGGGUCAUUAAAGAACAGAGAGCCAGGAGC